UUUGUUACAUAUCCCAAACCCUCACCACCACCAGGGUAGAUCGCCAAACCCUAAUUCUUCCCAACAAAAUUACUCUCCGUCUUCUUCGAUUUUCUUCGCUUCUUGGCAACAAUGGUAUCGGGGAAGAAGACGAAGAAGACUCAUGAGAGCAUCAACAACAGGUUGGCUCUCGUGAUGAAGAGUGGAAAAUACACUCUUGGUUACAAGACUGUCCUAGAGUCUCUCAGAAGCUCCAAAGGUAAGUUGAUUAUCAUUUCCAACAACUGUCCGCCCUUGAGGAAAUCCGAGAUCGAGUAUUAUGCCAUGCUCGCCAAGGUUGGGGUUCAUCAUUACAAUGGAAACAAUGUUGACCUAGGGACAGCAUGUGGAAAGUAUUUCAGAGUGUCAUGCCUUAGUAUUGUUGAUCCAGGUGACUCUGAUAUCAUCAAAUCUCUCCCAGGAGACAACUGAAAAGACCCAAUGAAGCAUUAUUUUUCUCACUUCUGAUAUGUUGAAUCUGUUCCUGUUAUGGCAUUAUUGUCUCAAAUUUAAUUCUCUUUCUGUUAUUAUGAAUUCUAUGAAUCUGUUGAGACGUGCAUGUAUUAACACUUAGAUCCUAAAGAGGUAAAAUUUUGUUGAUUUGGGGAUUUUUUGGCAUAU